AUGUCGGACUCUGAGGAGGUCGUCGAAGAAUACGAGCAGGAGCAGGAAGAGGAGUAUGUGGAAGAAGAAGAGGAAGAAUGGAUGGAGGAAGAAGACGGUCAGGAAGAACAGGUAGAGGAGGCAGAAGAGGAGACUGAAGAAAGCAAGGAGGAGGCUGAAGAAACCAAGGCAGAAGAACAAGAAGAUGAAACGAAAGCACCAGGAGAAGGUGGAGAGGGGGACCGAGAGCAGGAGCCUGGGGAAGGUGAAUCGAAGCCAAGACCCAAGGUCUUCAUGCCAAACUUGGUGCCUCCCAAAAUCCCAGAUGGUGAGAGACUGGAUUUUGAUGACAUCCACCGCAAGCGCAUGGAGAAGGACUUGAAUGAGCUGCAGGCCCUGAUCGAAGCUCACUUUGAGAGCAGGAAGAAGGAGGAGGAGGAGCUCAUCUCUCUCAAGGACAGGAUUGAGAAGCGGCGAGCAGAGCGGGCAGAGCAGCAGCGGAUCCGCAGCGAGAGGGAGAAGGAGCGUCAAGCCCGCAUGGCCGAAGAACGAGCUCGCAAGGAGGAGGAGGAGGCACGGAAGAAGGCUGAGGAGGAGGCACGGAAGAAGAAAGCUUUCUCCAACAUGCUGCAUUUCGGAGGCUACAUGCAGAAGUCAGAGAAGAAGGGCGGGAAGAAGCAAACAGAGCGGGAGAAGAAGAAGAAGAUCCUCAGCGAGCGGCGGAAGCCCCUGAACAUUGACCACCUCAACGAGGACAAGCUGAGGGACAAGGCCAGGGAGCUGUGGCAAACCAUCCGGGAUCUGGAGGCUGAGAAAUUUGACCUGCAGGAAAAGUUCAAGCGGCAGAAAUACGAGAUCAACGUCCUCCGGAACCGCGUUAGUGACCACCAGAAAGUCAAAGGGCCAAAGGCUGCCCGUGGAAAGACCGUGGUGGGUGGACGGUGGAAAUAG